AAAAUUGGACAUUGUUGUCAUCCACAUUAUUAUUCUUAGCGUCUUUCUUUGCUCAUCUCUCUCUCCCUCUCUCUCUCUCGCUUACAUUUUCUUGUCCUAGAAACUUCAUGGAACAACGUUUGUAGCAUCUGCAAUUUCUAUACGAUUCUUUCAUUUGUCCGAAUAAAGUGAUUGAGAUGAUGGAUUUUAAGGGAUUAGCAAGGCAUUUUAUGAAGAAAGAUGGGACUAGUGAGUUGGAUGUGGUCUAUCCAAUUAAAUCAGAAUGCCAAGCUGAAAUGCCGAAGACUGGUUUUAAGCUUAGGGCUGGGAAAACCCUUAGUGCAAGACGAUGGUACACUGCAUUCUCUCAAGAUGGGCAUUUGGAUAUAGAGAAAGUGCUUAGAAGGAUCCAGCGAGGGGGUGUUCAUCCUGCAAUCAAAGGGGCGGUCUGGGAGUUCUUGUUGGGUUGCUUUGAUCCUAAUAGCACAUUUGAAGACCGGAUUCAGCUCAGGGAACAGCGUAGGCCAUAUCUAUCUUUUAGGCAUCAGUAUAGAACGUGGAAAGCUGAAUGUCAAAAGAUGGUCCCAGUUAUUGGUAGUGGAAGGUUUAUUACGGCACCCAUAAUCAAUAAUGAUCGCCAAAUGAUAGAAGAUUCUUCCACAGAUAGUAAUUUUCAAGAUGAUAAUGGAGUUAUGGCUACAUCCCUUGUAGAUUCUUCUUUGGAUCAUGGCAGGCAUGUGAGUAAUGCUGUUUCAGAGAAGAAAGUGAUUCAGUGGAAGCUUAACUUGCAUCAAAUUGGUCUUGAUGUUGUUCGCACAGAUAGAGCACUUGUCUUUUAUGAAAGUGAAGCUAAUCAGGCAAAACUUUGGGAUAUUCUUGCUGUUUAUGCUUGGGUGGACAAUGAUAUAGGUUAUGUUCAAGGAAUGAGUGAUAUUUGCUCACCAAUGGUAAUUCUUCUUGAAAACGAAGCAGAUGCAUUUUGGUGUUUUGAGCGCGCAAUGCGAAGGCUGAGAAAAAACUUUAGAUGCAGUACUAGUUCAGUAGGGGUGCAAGCUCAGCUGAGUGCACUCUCACAGAUAAUUAAAGUUAUUGAUCCUAAGCUUCAUCAACACCUUGAGGAUCUAGAUGGUGGGGAGUAUUUGUUUGCAUUUCGCAUGCUGAUGGUACUUUUCCGGCGAGAAUUUUCCUUUGUGGACUCAUUGUAUCUUUGGGAGUUGAUGUGGGCCAUGGAAUACAACCCAAAUAUUUUUUCAUUAUACGAGGAGCCAAGAGAUGCUGCAGAAAAUAUUGUUGCACCCAAAAUAAAUGAAAAAUUGCUGAAGCAAUAUGGAAAAUUUGAGAGGAAGAAUGUAAAGACUGGACGAACAGACCAACAUAGUGCACUUGCUGUUUUUCUUGUUGCAAGUGUUCUUGAGAACAAGAAUAAGCGACUUCUAAAAGAAGCAAAGGGUUUGGAUGAUGUUGUCAAGAUCAUGAGUGACAUAACUGGAAAUCUGGAUGCUAAAAAGGCGUGUAAGAAGGCAUUGAAGAUUCACAAAAAGUAUUUGAGCAAGACCAACAAAUCAUAGAUGAUGCUAGGAAUCAUCAAUCAACUCAAUAUGUGCUUCAUACUUAGUACUUACCGAUGGUGGCAUUAACUGCAGUUUCACUUGGCUGAGGAUUUUACUCACUUUUUAUAGAGUUUAUUUUUAGUGAUCAUCAAUCAACUCUCUCUCCUGCGGAUACAAGUCGAUGCCAUUUUUUGGAAAUUCAAAGUUAGUAGAUUUUGUGGCCAAGAUCUUGAUAUACGAUGCUCCUGCGCCAUCAUAGCUUUAACGUUUCAUUUGAGAGCUGUGGGUUUCGGCUUAAGAUGGUCCAUUUAAUUUUCAGUUUCUUGACCGAUCAUGUGAUGUCAUAUGGAAGGAAAUUCAAACAUAAUCAAAUUUUGAUAUAUUUUGCCCAAAUUACAUUGGCACAGUUGCAUUUUCUAAGACAGUUAUUAUUAUUUCAUCCAUUGAUGAUGUUUUGAGAAGAUUCUUCUAUUGAAGUUGGGAGAUGGUUGGGUUAGCACCGGUCUCGUUAUCGUCACAGCAGAUUGCGCAGACAGGUGUAAGGCGAAAGACAGUGCAGGCGCAACAUUUUGUCUUGCACGGGCCAGGAUGACACCCUGUCCAAAAAGACGAAGGAGAUUUUGUGAGUGGAGACUAUCUUAAAUUAAAUGAAAUACAUCCAUUGUUUGAAGUUGCAAUAAUCAUUAUUCAGUGUUUUUCUAAUACAUCAACAUGAAUUUGUGGAAUAAA